CCGCUGCCUGCCCCCCAGCCCGGAGCAGCAUGGGCAGCGUCAGUAGCCUGAUCUCCGGCCACAGCUUCCACAGCAAGCACUGCAGAGCCUCGCAGUACAAGCUCCGCAAGUCCUCGCACCUGAAGAAGCUCAACCGGUACUCGGACGGGCUGCUGCGCUUCGGCUUCUCCCAGGACUCGGGCCACAAAGCCGGCUCCAAGAGCAGCAAGAAUGAGGAUUUCUUUUACAUCAAGGUCAGCCAGAAGGCUCCUGGCUCCCACCGGGCGGACUACGCCGCGCUGGCUGCCGGGGAGCUGGGCGGCCAGGCUGGCGCCAGCGCCAUGGAUUUCGGGAGCCCCACGCCGCAGAAGCUGAUGCCCUUCCCCAGCCAGCUGGAAGUGGGCGCAGAGAAGCCAACCCCACGGCCCACAGCCUUCAAGCCGGUGCUGCCCCGUGCCGGUGCCAUCCUCCACUCCUCCCCAGAGAACGGGGGGCACCCUUCCCAGCAGCUGCACCCCCAGGACAAAGGCAAGGAGCAGGAGCUGAGGCCGGUGCUGUGCUCAGGGGGUCUGUCUGACUCGGGCAGGAACUCCAUGUCCAGCCUCCCCACGCACAGCACCAGCAGCAGCUACCAGCUGGAGCCCCUUGUGACGCCCAUGGGCCCCAUCAGCCGCUUCGGGGGCUCGGCCCACAACAUCCUGCAGUGUGCCAUCAUCCAGGACAGCAACAUGAUGAGCCUCAAGGCCAUGUCCUUCUCUGAUGGGGGCAACAAGAUCCUCAACCCCGGCAAAGGUGCCCACCGCCACGCCGCCGAGAAGGCCGCCUGCAUCCGCUCGCCCAUCUCCACCGACGAGUCCACCAUCCAGGAGCUGGAGCAGAAGCUGCUGGAGAGGGAGGGGGAGCUGCAGGAGCUUCAGAUGAGCUUUGAGGAGAAGGAAAUCAGCUCCUGCCAGGUGUAUGAGGAGAAGCAGAGGCGCUGCAAGGAGGAGCUGGAGGGCCUCAAGCAGAAAUGCAGCAGCAAGCUCAAGCAAACCUCGCAGAAAACCCAAAGGACGCAGCAGGUCCUCCACCUCCAGGUGUUCCAGCUCCAGCAGGAGAAGAAGCAGCUCAGGGAGGAGCUGGAGAACCUCAUGAAAGAGCAAAACCUGCUGGAGACCAAGCUGAGGUCCUACGAGAAGGAGAAGACCAGCUUCGCCCCCGCGCUGGAGGAGACCCAGUGGGAGGUGUGCCAGAAGUCAGGGGAGAUCUCCCUCCUGAAGCAGCAGCUGAAGGAGUCCCAGACUGAGCUCAACAGCAAGACCACCGAGAUCCUCAGCCUGAAGGCUCAGCUGAAAGAGGUGAGGAUGAAGCUGGAAGGGCUGGAGAUGAAGAGCCAGGACCUGGAGGGCUCCCUGCGCACCAAGGCCAUGGAGCUGGAGGUGUGCGAGAACGAACUGCAGCGCAAGAAGAACGAAUCGGAGCUGCUGAGGGAGAAGGUGAACCUGCUGGAGCAGGAGAUCCUGGACCUGCGGGCAGAGCUCUCCCUCCUCAAGGAGCAGCUGAGCGAAGCCCGGGAGGGGGCCAGGCCCUGCAGCAGGGUGGAGGACGCCCAGGCCCUGCAGGGGGAGGUGGAGAGGCUGAGGGCUGAGCUGAAGGCUGAGCGGGACAGCAACGAGCAGAUGACCUCCAGCUUCCAGCACGAGCGGCAGACGUGGAAGGAGGAGAAGGAGAAGGUGAUCCACUACCAGAAGCAGCUGCAGCAGAGCUACCUGCACAUGUACAAGAGGAACCAGAACCUGGAGAAGAUGCUGCAGCAGCUGGCUGCAGGGGAGGACGGCAAGGAGCCCAUCGAGCUGGACAUACCUGGCGCCGACGUCCCCUACGAGGACAUCAUCGCCACCGAGAUCUGAGCCAGCUCUGCCUCCACCUCCUCCUCCUCCUCCUCCUCACAGCUUGGGGGGAGGGUGGGAGCCUCUUCCAGGCCAGAAGCUCUGCCCUGAGCCCAGCAGGCCGUGUACAGUCGAGAUGAGCCAUGUAUUUAUUCCUGCAGCUGGUGGCCUGGCCAGCCCCCCUCCCCACCCCCCGGGUCCCCUGUGCCGCCCCUCGUGUUACAGAGGUGAACAAGCAACUCGUGCCAAUGGUGACGUGCCAGCAGCUCCCCCUCUCCCCACUGCCACCUUGGCAGCCUCCCUUCUGCCCCCUCGUGGGACUGAGAAGCUGGUGAUGGGGGCAGCUGGGGAAUGGGACUUCAGCAGACAACCUCCUGGUGGGCAACAAGGUGAUGCAAAGCUCCCGAGGGCUGCCCUGCUCCAGGCUUGGAGGGGUCCUGCGGUGGUGCAGCUCUAGGGAAGGGGACACAGCCCAGCCCUCCCCACUGGCUUCAAAAUGAAUCACACCCCAGGGCAUCUCCAGCUGGAGGAAGCACCACGCUGCUCUCACACCUCCUCAGCCUUCCUCUGCUCAGUGCUGACCUGCAGGGUGCCAGGGGACCAAGGAGCCACCCCCUGCCGCCGGCUGCACAUCCACCUCUCUGCUCCUUCAGCUGCUGGAGUGCCUCAGGAAGGACCCUCCCCACAUCCCCCAGCCAGCACCCCACCAAAAUUACCCUUCACUAAUGAGCACAGCCCCCCCUUCACCC